GAUCUACAUUCCAGGCAUAUCCUCAUGACUGAAUACUGAGUAUACGUAAGUAAAAAACUCUUUAUUAACCUUUGUAUUCCAAAACUUUAUCAUGUUUACAAAGUAAUAAAAGGUUAUUUAUUAUACUCCUCAGGUCAUUGAAAGUCUCCUGCACCACUGGGCCAUUCGGCUGAAUCUGGGGAAUAAUUUCUACAUUAUGAACCACUACACGAGCGGUGUGAUCCUCUAUGGAGAGAGAGAACUAAUCAGGAGACAAAGCUUGUCCAAGGUGAACUUUGACAACUACAGAGCCAUUUUAUCCUUUGUGAACAUUGGAAAUGUACACUGGAAGUUUCUGUACAUAAAUGCAGAUGACAGCUGUCUGUAUUUGGUCGAUCCUUCAAGAAACUCUUUGGAGCAGGAAGAGUCUGACCGUGCAGCCAAAAGAUUCCGUGAAUCCUUCAAAAUGAGGAGGACAUGCUACAACAAAACAGACUGGGUGAAUGUGAGACUUCGAGGAGGAGUACUGACACAUCCAUUUCAACGGGAUGGUUCUAGCUGCGGGGUAAUGGUCAUCAUGAUGGCCAAAGCAGUAAUGGAAGCAUUCCCAAAUAAACCAGAAAUGACAUUUUUGAGGACAAAAAAAGAGAUGGCCCAGGCACGAAGGACAUUUGCACAGACAAUACUUGAGGCCUCCGUAUUUGACAGUGACACCAACUGUGCCAUGUGUGCAACGGAGAAACCACCCAAUCCAGGACCCUCCAUCACUGACUGGAUCCAGUGUGAUAACUGCAACUGCUGGUUCCAUUCUGAAUGCCUGGACAUGACAAAUGAACAGCUCAGCAGCGCUCAGAAGACAGAGUGGAAGCUGAGAUUCCAGGUGUCUCCCUCAGCUCAUUUACUCCAAAUCAGAAGCAUCAGAUUUGUGGAGCGUGGAGACGCUCUGCCUGCCAGACACAGCUCAGGGCAAAGAAACAUGUCUCUCCUCCACAAUAUACAGGCCUGUAUCAUUUACUGUCUGUAUUUUAAUGUAGAAAUGAUCAAGUGUGAUCAAACUUUUCAAAUGAAAAAUAAUAUUCAAUGUCAAACAUUAACUAUUUAUUUUUUGUUACAUUUUAAAAGUUCAAACCUCAAAGACAUUAAGUUUAAGGUCAUAUAUGAUCAAGAAAAUCAACAAUCUUCACGUUUCAGAAACUGGAACCAGCUUUAAAUGUGACUAAAAUAACA